AUGUCAGAAUGGAUAUCAACCUUCCCUGGGUUUAAACAAGUCUUGAUUACUGGUAAAACUAUGUUGGGAAGAAUAGUACUGACCGGUCCUGUUCCACAACACGUUGGAAUAAUUAUGGAUGGUAACCGAAGAUAUGCAAAAACUCAUAAAAUUGAAAUUAAAGAGGGUCAUAGUUUGGGUUUUGAUACCAUGGCCAGUAUACUAGAAUUAUUAUAUGAACUGGGGGUCAAAUCAGCCACCGUUUAUGCAUUUUCAAUUGAGAAUUUCAAAAGACUGCUGUACGAAGUGAAGUGGCUAAUGGAUUUAGCAAAGUCCAAGUUUACACAGAUAAAUCAGCACGGUCUAUUAUGUAAAGAAUACGGAGUAAAGAUUAGAAUUUUGGGAAACAAGAAACUAUUACCAAAAGACGUGUUGGAAAUUCUUGAACAAACAGAAGAGAUAACCAAGGACAACACUCGUGCAGUGUUGAAUGUUUGUUUUCCAUAUACCUCAAGAGAUGAAAUGACACAUCUGAUCCAAGAGGUUGUGGAUAGAUCUAAGGAAGGUAAUAUUGAAAUAGACGAAUCCACCAUUGAUGAACAUUUAUACACCAGAGAAGUACCUCCGUUGGAUUUGUUAGUUAGAACCUCAGGUACAUAUAGACUUUCAGAUUUUCUUUUAUGGCAGACAGUAUCACCAGACUGUGCUGUAGUAUUUGUUGAUAAGUUGUGGCCUGCUUUCAGUCCGUGGGACAUGUUUAAGAUUUUAAUAAAUUGGAGUUUUAACAAGUAUAUGUAUGGUAAUCCAAAUGGGUAUGGCAUCAGCAACAAGUUGGUUGUAAACGAACAAUUGGAUAUGGAGCUUAUCGGAAGAUCCACCGAAAAAAGAUCAACUGGGUUUGAUAGGUACAUGGACGAAAUGGAUGAAGAUGAUGAUUCAGAAGUUAGUAGUAACAAUUUAGGUACGGAAGACACGAUCAAUACAUCUGAAGAAGAAGGGGAUAUGUCAAAGAAAUAG